AAAUGAAAAAAAAAAAAUAAAGUGCACUUAAUAGGAAACACUAAACGUCCUUUUCAAUUCCAAUUAACUUAAAGUCCUUUAAAUAAAAAAAAACAAGCAUCAUUUUUUAUACCUUAACUUGUUCAUCACGAAUACAAUGAAACCGAUAAUUAUUUGCUUUGUUUUCGAUUAAUCUUUAUAUCAUUAAUUCACUUAAAAUAAAAUUCAAACAUAAACAGGAAAACAGCACAGAAAAUAAUAUAAAAAAUGAAUUGCAGUUGUAUAAAAACAUCAGAGAAAAUAACAUGACAGCUAAAUUCUAUCUCGACAGGCACACUGUUCAUUCGACCAUAAAACAAUCGCGCUGUUCCACUCUUUGUAUACCCACAACUCUAUCAGUAUUGUUUCAUCUUCAUAUGUCCUCAAUGGCAAGGACACCAGCAUAAUAAAUUCACUUCAAAUAACAUUCAUACAUACAUAUACAGGAAAAUAUCAAAGAAAAUAAUAUAACAAAUCAAUUGCAGUUGUAUAAAACAUGGAAGAAAAUAACAUGGCAGAUGAAUUUUAUCUCGACAGGCACACUAAUUCAUUCGAUCAUGAAACGAUCGCGCUGUUUCACUCAUUGUACACGCGCAACUCUAUCUGAAUUGUUUCAUCUGUCCUCAGUGCGGCAAACACUAGCAGUGAUGAUAAGUGCACAAGUUGCAGUUGGACGUGCGCGGAGAAUGAAUUAAAUUCGGCGGCUGAGUCAAGUCUACAAGUCACCAACGAACUUCACGAUAGACCACGCCUACUUGCCGAGGUAACCAACGUUGAUUGACGGCCCAUUUAGUUUUUUGAGUAGUAGGAAAAAGUGCAGGCAUGUAUAAACUUCAUUUUAAUUUGAAUUCAUUCAAAAAAAGCAUUUUUCUUCUAAUAUAGAUGUUUCCAAAAUAUUCCAUGUGUAAAACAUAAUUUUUAAAACAUUUAUUGCUAUAUUUUUGUAAUGAAAAAAGGAUUUCUUACGCAACAACAAGUAUGAUAUGUGUGGGCAAGAGAACUACCGUUUUAGUCAUAAACCAUAUUUUUCAUGAUUUUAUUGUGAGCCUACUCAAAGGAUUUUCGUUUAUUUUUUAUGAAUUUCUAGACCAUGUUCAACAGCGCCAUCUCGAGCUUGCAAUAAUGCAUGCGAUCGCACGCAUUUUUCUCCAUAGCGAAUACACGCGACGAUAAUCGUGGAUUUCUCGUGGAUUUAACCUCCAAACGUCACUUUCGAUACCACAUGAAGGUUGAAAAUGGCUGAAAAAAGUAAAACAUCCUUCUCUUCAUCAACUCAAGAUGACUCUGUAUCGAGACCAGACGUCCCAAUCCACAAGCCAAGAGAUUCUCUUUUGAGUCAUUCAAGUGGUUUUAACAAUUACAGAGGAUUUCUCAAUCUAUGCAUAGUCUUAUUGGGUAUGUCUACCAGUAGACUGGUUCUUGAGAAUCUGAUCAAAUAUGGCAUUAUUAUGGACCCUAUCAUGUGGGUCAGUAUAUUCCUGCAAGAUCCAUAUAGCUGGCCAAACCUCACUCUCCUUAUAAUUCUAAGUGGCUUCAUAUUAUAUGCUUUUUGGCUUGAAAAACUGAUAUCCAAGAAAGCCAUCAAUGAGAGAACAAUGACAGUAUUGGUGACGCUGAAUGUCAUGACCGUAUUUGUCUUCCCAGUGGUCGUUAUUGUGUAUUAUAAACCAAACCCAGUUGGUUCAUUUGUCAGCCUGGGUACUUACUCCAUUGUGUUUCUAAAGCUCAUCUCUUAUGCUGCUGUCAAUAAAUGGUGUCGAGACGCGCAGUCCAGCGUCAGCAGGAAGACCAAAAAGAAUAUCACCAAUGGUGAUGGUUCCCUUUCAAGGCAUUCACCCAGAAGGCACUCGACCCCACAGCCCAGGAAGAGGGUAUCUAACAGACGUGUUAGUGAAGGAUCAAAUGUGGAUGCAAAUGGGGGACAGACAGAGCAGCUUGUAGAAUAUCCAGAUAACCUAACACUUCACGAUAUGUGUUAUUUCAUGAUGGUGCCCACCCUUUGUUAUGAGCUGAACUUCCCACGGACUAAGAGGAUACGUAAGAGAUUUCUCAUACGCAGAGCCAUAGAAUUGGUAUUCCUUGUUCAACUUUGUUUGUGUCUUGUCCAACAGUGGAUUGUACCUACAGUAUUAAAUGCUUUGGCUCCAUUUACGAGUCUGGAUACGAAAAGGAUGUUAGAAAGAGUAUUGAAGUUAGCAGUCCCAAAUCACAUAUGCUGGUUGAUAUUCUUCUAUUCAUUCUUCCAUUCUUGGCUCAAUGUUCUUGGAGAGGUUACAAAAUUUGCAGACAGAAAUUUCUAUCAGGAUUGGUGGAAUGCAGAAACCAUAGCAUAUUUUUGGAAGAAUUGGAAUAUUCCAGUUCAUAAGUGGUGUUUAAGACACAUUUACAUUCCUCUUCGAUCAAAGGGUAUUGACCAGCAGAAAGCUCAAAUGAUAGUAUUCUUAGUUUCAGCUAUAUUUCAUGAGUAUCUGGUGAGCAUCCCACUGCAGAUGUUCAGAUUAUGGGCAUUCUGGGGUAUGAUGGCACAGCUUCCUCUGGCAAAGUUAACAUCGAAUGUCAAAGGCCAUUGGGGUAACAUCCUAGUGUGGUUAUCUCUAAUCAUCGGCCAGCCUGUAGCUCUUCUCAUGUACUUCCAUGACUAUUACGUCAUGCAUGCUGCCACUAAUUUAAAUAGUACAUCAACUACACCCUGAGAAUAAGAUUAAUGGUGAUUGUUCAUAUGAAGAAAAAAAAAUUACUGCCAGGAAAAUAAAUUAGUUACUGAUUUUUGCUCAUCAAGUAAAAACAAGUUACGAGUAAUUUUGUAAUAUGUACAUUAACAACCUUAUUUUCCAGCACAUCUUCGAUUAAUCAUGUCAAUGUAUUGAUUUGUUGUUCAGCUAUGCAUUAAUUAUUGAGGUUUCCAGAUUAGGUAUUGAAACAAAAUCAGUGAAAUACUAAUUCAAAUUUCAUUUAAAUAUAUAUCAAAGAAGUAUGAGAAAAAUAUUUCAUUUGUUCUAUAUCUUUCCUUCUUGGACAAAUAUUUGCAUAAUACUAAAAGAUUUCCUUGACAAAAAAGAUAUUUUUGUAUCACAUAUUUUCAUAAAUACUAAUAUAGGUGCAUCAUUCAAUUCAAAGGUUGUGUAAAAUCUUCAAUUGUGUGUCAAUGCUGGUGAUACCAGUCAAACAACAAAGGGCUCUUGAUUUAUUGAUGAAAAUCCUACCCAAAAUUUGAUCGAACACCCUUUUAUGUAGUUCAAGUCUAUUGUUGUACGCAUUGCUUGGAAUUGAGAGUUACAUUGUCCAUCUGCAAUUUUGUAAAGACAAAUUUAAUUUGACCAUAAUCUUGCUAUUUUUUUUUCUUAAACUUUCCCAAGUGGUUAAGAUUAAUAUAAAAGUGACUCAUUACAGAUGAUUUAACUCUAUUGUAAUUUGUAUAUUUUGUAAUUAUGACAUGUAUUAUGAUGAAAGAUGAAUUAUAUUAGAUGAACAUAUUUCUUUUCAUCAUAUUGAUCUCAGUUCUAUGUGAUAUAUGCCAUAUGAAAGAAAAUGUGAAACACAUGCACGCAAAAAUAUUUUCUUCAGUACUGUAUAAAAUUUGAUAGAAUUUUAUUUUUACAUAAUAUUUUGUUAUGUCAUUAAUUUGAUAUUUAAGUAGUUUAUUCUGUUGUAUUAAAAAUUUGAUAGAAUGAUAUGUUUACAUUGUAAUUUGUUAUUUAAUUAAUGCGGUAUUUAAUUAAGUGGUUAUGUUUUGAGUUUGGUAUUUAAAUUUGAUAGAAUAUUGUUUUUUACAAAUAAGUAUUAUAACUUGUUAUUUAAUUAAGUAGUUGUGCUCUGUAGUAUGUGAGCUGAUAUACUGUAGCCACGUUGUACAGCGCCAGCUGUAGACAAUUAUACUAACAGGGUGCAACAUUUACCAGGGUGCAAAAAAGGUGAUUAUUUUUCUGCUUCCCAUUGAUAUUACAAUGUUUUGCAAGGAAUAAACCGUCACAAUAUGUUUCCAAGCAUUCCUUAGUUUUCAGUAUAGAUCAAAUGAAUAUUAUUUUGAUCCUAAAUUCACCAUAUAUAUCUGAUUGAUAGGGUGUAGGCAUGGAGACUAGUCAGACUGCCCUAAAUUACAUGGCCCUAUGUCAUGAGCUACAUGACCCUUUACUACUGAUGAAACAUGCUGAAUGAUUCAGUGAUCCGGGGGCCAUUUCAUAAAGCUGGUCAUAUAAAGUUAUGAAUGACUUUACAAACAAAUGUUGAUCCUUUCUUGUUCUAUCCCCAUGUUGUUUGCAAAUAGCUUUAUGAAACACCACCCUUUUUGCACAGAAAUCUUAAUGUACAUUUCUGCCAAUUAUACACGUACCAGUGUUUGAAAUUGCUAAUAUAACCAUUAACUCAAAACCUCAUUGAUAAUAUGGAACAUAGACCUCAUAUAUCCUAAUUGUUGGCAGAAUAGGAUUUCUAAUUGAUAAUUUAUGCAAUUGACAAAGCAUUUUUCCAAAGAAGUUAGCCUAUUAGGAGCAAAGACUGUAAAAAAAGAAAAAAAAUGAGAAUCCAUUUGCAGAGCUGUACUUACGAGUGGUCAUUUGACGUCCAUGUGGCUUCAUAAUGUUAACAUACAGGAUAUGCAGAUAUCUAUCGGUGGUGGUGGUGGUACAGGGUUAAUUCAUAGUUCUCAUGAUCUGUCAUAAAAAGUUGUAGGGGAUCAGUAAUUCUAAAAUAUUUUUAACAUUUUCAGAUAUUUUGAUUUUUUUUCAUCAUCCACCUGAUAUUGAUAAGAUGAGUUUGAUAUUUAUGAGUUAUUGAGUCGCUAGUAACAGUAAGAAAUAUCGAGUUUUUGCUUGUGAUUGGUAAUCGUUCAAUUCAUUUCGGUUUAUUGUAUAAAAUACUUCCUUGUUAAAACAUGUCCGGAGACUGAUACAAACAAAGAUUACAAUGCAAAUAUAAAUUUCAUAGUUACAUAAGUGAAAUGAAAUAGUCAAAUAAUAUAAAGUAACAAUUGAUGUUUGCAUAUUGCACUUACAAGGUAUUUAUAGAUGAGAGCAUGUUACAAAAUAAAUUCCAAAGAUAUUUAUAAAUAAAAGCUAUAAUAUGGUAAUGAUAACUGAAAUACAUGCACUAAAUUCGAUCAACAAAUCUAUAAGUUGUGAAGAAGGAUGAGAUUGGGAUAUGAAAUUAAAUCGCACAGUGGAAGGUUCACAUUGAGAAGUAAAUAUGAAAUUAUGUUUUUAAAAUAUAAUUUUAAGGCUAAUGUAAGACAUCGUGACCUUAUUCUUAACCCCAAACUCUUAUUACAAUCCUAACUCUAACCCUUUGCCCUCUGAGAUAUAAAGAGCAGAGAAAUUGUCACAGGAACACAUGUUGUGUCACCUUUGCUUUCCUCAUUUCCAUCCAUAUCAGUAGUAGAGUUAUAGUUUAAUUCUUUAUUGUCUUGUUCGUCUUGUGCUCCUCUCAUUCUUAUCUUCAUCUACUUUGUGUAAGAUAUUUUCGUUAUCACUAUGAUUAUGACAGAAAAUAAU